UGGCGGCGAGGGGCGGCAUGAAGGAGGCGCUGGAGCUGCUGGGGAGGGUCCCCGGACACCCCGAUUCGCGGUGCUGGUUCCUGGCCUGGAGCCCCGGCGGGGGGUUGUUGGCGUCGUGCGGAGGGGACCGGGUGAUCCGGCUGUGGGGGCGGGAAGGCACGGGCUGGUCGUGCCGGGCGGUGCUGGGCGAGGGGCACCAGCGCACGGUGCGCAGGGUGGCCUGGUCGCCCUGCGGCUCCUUCCUGGCCUCCGCCAGCUUCGACGCCACCACCUGCAUCUGGAAGAGGCAAGAGGAUGGGUUUGAGUGCGUCACCACGCUGGAGGGACACGAGAACGAGGUGAAGUCGGUGGCCUGGGCGCCCUCGGGCACGCUGCUCGCCACCUGCAGCCGCGACAAGAGCGUCUGGGUCUGGGAAGUGGAUGAGGAGGAGGAGUAUGAGUGCGUCAGCGUCCUCAACUCCCACACGCAGGACGUCAAGCACGUGGUCUGGCACCCCAACCAGGAGCUCCUGGCCUCGGCCAGCUACGACGACACGGUGAAGCUGUACCAGGAGGAGGAGGACGACUGGGUGUGCUGCGCCACGCUGGAGGGACACGAGUCCACCGUGUGGAGCGUGGCCUUCGACCGCAGCGGCGAGCGCCUGGCGUCCUGCAGCGAUGACAAAACCGUGCGCAUCUGGCGCCGCUACGAGCCGGGCAACGAGGAAGGUGUGAGCUGCAUUGGCAACGACCCCACCUGGAAAUGCGUCUGCACCCUCUCCGGUUACCACUCCAGAACCAUCUACGACGUGUCCUGGUGCCACCUCACUGGGGCUCUGGCCACGGCCUGCGGGGACGACGCCAUCCGCGUGUUCGAGGAGAGCACAUCCUCCAACCCGCACCAGCCCACCUUCGCGCUGGCCGCCCACGUCCCCCGUGCGCACUCGCAGGACGUCAACUGCGUCGCCUGGAACCCCAAGGAGCCGGGGCUGCUGGCGUCGUGCAGCGACGACGGCGAGAUCGCCUUCUGGAAGUACCAGCGCCCCGAAAUCUGCUGAGUGCUUUCAGUCCAACCUUUCUACCUCCUCCUCGCCAUGGGUUGGACUUUUUGGCACCCCCAGGGAUGCAGCAGGACCCAGAUGGCUCUGGGGACAUGGCGGGACUUGCUCCCAGCUCCUUCUACCCCACGCUCAAUAAAUUUGUGUUACCCUGUCUAAAA